AUGUCGAAUAGGGUGAUUGGAUGCAAAACUGCAAAAGAAAUAUGGGAUGCUUUAGAAAUUAGAUGUCAAGGAACCAAAGGCAUCAAGAAUAACAGAAGAACCAUACUUACUCAAGAGUAUGAACAUUUUGAUUCAAAGGCUGGUGAAUCAUUAACAGAUCUAUAUGACAGAUUUGUUAAGCUGUUGAAUGAUUUAUCCCUAGUGGAUAAAGAGUAUGAUCUAGAGGAUUCAAAUCUCAAAUUCCUACUAGCUCUUCCGGAAAAAUGGGAUUUGAAAGUAACCACUAUAAGAGACAAUCAUAAUCUUGAAGAGAUGUCUCUUGAUGAUAUCUUUGGAAGAUUGAAAACCUAUGAAGUUGAGAUGGAACAAAGGAGUAAAAGACAUGGAGGGAAACCUAAGUCUGUUGCUCUAAAAGUUCAAGGAGAAGCUGCUGUAAAGAACAAAGGGAAAACACAUGUCACAAAGUCUGACACUGAGUCAUCAAACUCUGAUGAUGACUCAGACUCUGAUGUUCUCUCAGACUCUGAGGAUAGUGAUACUGAGAUGAUGCAAUUGGCAGCAUUGAUGGUUAAAAGUUUCAAGAAGAUGGCUUACAAGAAUUUCAAUAAAGGAAAGAAAUUUUUAAGGAAUGACAGAAACUCUGACAAGAAAGGUUUUAAAAAGAAUGAAGGCAAGGAAGAGAUUUCUGGAAAAGCUGAUAAGUCUAAAUAUACCUGCUUCAACUAUGGUGAAAAGGGUCAUUUUGCAACUGAGUGCAAUAAAGCCAAGAAUGAAAAGGAACAAGCUUUUAUCACCAAGAAAGGAAGCUGGGUUAAAAGUUUCAAGAAGAUGGCUUACAAGAAUUUCAAUAAAGGAAAGAAAUUUUUAAGGAAUGACAGAAACUCUGACAAGAAAGGUUUUAAAAAGAAUGAAGGCAAGGAAGAGAUUUCUGGAAAAGCUGAUAAGUCUAAAUAUACCUGCUUCAACUAUGGUGAAAAGGGUCAUUUUGCAACUGAGUGCAAUAAAGCCAAGAAUGAAAAGGAACAAGCUUUUAUCACCAAGAAAGGAAGCUGGGCAGACUCAUCAGAUUCUAAGGAAGAAGUCAACUAUGCUUUGAUGAAAGAACUAGUUCAUAUGUUGGUAGUUCAGAAAGAAAGAGAUGACUCUGUUUUUAUUAAAGAUGAAUUGUUAAAGAAAAAUGCUUCAAUUGAAUCAGAACUUGCUAAGGAGAAAGAAAUUAUAAAAACAUGGACUAACUCAGGAAAAACUACUCAGAAUAUACUAGAUAGUGGAAAUUGGAAGAAGGGAUUAGGUUACAUUGAUAAGAAUGAAGCUGAGCCAUUUCAACAAGAGACUGUUAAAAUUGAUAGACCUAAGGUUGCACCAGUUAGAUUUGUUGCAGAAUCAGAAGUUCAUGUCAAGUCAAAAACUGAUAAACCUAAACAAGUUAACAUAGGCUUAAUGACUCAGAAACAGCUUAAGCAUAAGCUCAAGGAAGUCAAACAAGAAAACAGGAUUAAGGAACCUAGGAAAAACAGAAAUGGAAAGGAAGAAUAA